AUGCUAGAAACUCCACGCUACAAUUUAAAAGGACGAGAGGAGGUCUACGAGCCCAGCGAAGACACGUUCCUGUUCCUCGACGCGCUGGAGAAAGAAAUGCCAUUUUUGAAAAAUCUGGGGGUGGAGUUUGCUGUCGAAAUCGGAUCAGGAAGUGGCGUUGUGAUCACAGCUUUGGCUUCUUUUUUAGCUUGCGCUUGUUUUGCAACUGAUAUUAACCCAGAGGCGUGCCAAGCAACUGCCGAGACUGCCGUUUUAAAUGGGAGAAAAGUGGAUUGUGUUAAUAUGGACUUGUUAGGGGCUUUUCGAAAUCGUUUAUUUGAUGUAUUGUUAUUUAACCCGCCUUAUGUCGUUACGGAUCCGUGUGAAGUCGUUGGAAAUGGAUUGAAUAGAGCAUGGGCUGGGGGUUUUCAUGGACGUCAAGUUACUGAUAAGGUGCUUUCCACUCUAGAUCUGCUCUUGAGUGAGAAGGGUGUGUGCUAUAUGGUGCUUUUAAAAGAGAACAAUAUACAAGAAAUCCAGCGUUUUAUGAAUGAAAAUAAUUUUAAGAGUGACGUUAUCUUGGAGCGGAAGCUCCGCGGGGAGCAUCUAUACGUUGUUAAAUUUUCACGAAUUCUGUAAAAUUAUAUUUAUUAAAGUAUCAAAAAUACACGCAACAAGGAAUAAAAA